AUGGCACCAGACAGCAGAUACUUCAUGCAUUGCUGCUGGGCAAUUCCUGCGAUGGGUGCUCUCUGCGGGUCGCUGACGAUGGCAAGUGUCUACUAUUUGACUGCGACAUCGGGACAUUUGCCACAAGGGUCGAGCACUCCGCCACUAUCCUUCAUGGGCCUCCGAGAUCCUGAACGUCGUGUGUAUCAGGUGGGCUUUGCACUGACUGGGCUGCUUCUGGCCCAAAGCGUGCGCAUUUGGAGAGCCACAAUCUGGCCGUUAUUGCGCUCUGCGGGAUUUGAGCAAUGUGCGUACUAUGGGUUCCUGGGUGGAUGUUUGGCGGCAGCUGGUGCUGCUUUGCAGGGCAUUGUGACGCUGGAGGCCGAUAUCUUGGAAAAGAUUUCCAGCCAGACUGCAGAGCUCAGCAUCCAAAGCAAGCUUCACCAAGCAUUCGCACUGUUUUUCUUCAUCGGCUGCACAAUGCACUGCUUCGCCAUGACUGUUGCAGCUAUAAGCUGUACAGAGCCACAACUGGUACAUGCGUUGUGCUGGAGCAAGUGGCUCAAGGUGGGAAUUUCUGCUCUCACUGUGGUUGCAGCGCCAAUUGCAGAAAAAUUGCAUCCAACAAGGCAAACCAACGAGCAAAGCUUUGACGUUGCUGGCUUGACGCAGUAUUUGACAGUAGGUUUGUACGUCUUCUUCUUCGCCCUCUACAGUGUGGAUUUCUAUCGCCUGGGACGGGCAAAAGAUGCCCACGACUAG